GAUGGUGUGCCGCGCAUGCGCACACGUGAAGCCGCCGGCGCUACGUAUAUAACCGGUAAGCAGGACGACCCAGCAUGUCAGUUCCUCUCCGUGAUGUUAAUACUGUGGUUUUGUUUUGUGUACGGCGUUACUGCUAACCCGCAGGAGUCACCUGCACACCUGGCAGGUCAAGCUCGGGCAGAGUCUGAGCAGCUGGAGGAGGAUGCGAGGAACUUCCUGAACGAGUUGGACGCACGGGGGUCGCAGGAGUGUACAGAGGCCACUAUGUCCAACUGGAAGUACGCCUCCGACAUCACAGAGGAACACAGAGAGGAGAAGGCGGCUGCACAGCUGAAGUAUGCAGCGUGGGAGAAGGAGGCGUGGGGGAGGGUGAGGAAAUGGAACGGCAAGUGGGAAACCCUUAGUGACCCAUUCCUCAGGAGGCAGUUCAAGUUUAUGUCCGUCCUGGGCACCGCCGCCCUUCCGAAACAAGACCUCGAGAAGUACAAUAACCUGGUGACGGAGAUGUCCACGAUUUACAGCACUGCAAAGGUCUGCCAGUACAAGGAUCCCAAGAGCUGCAAACUGGAGCUAGAGCCAGAUCUGACCCGCAUCCUCCGUACGAGCCGGGACUAUGGCGAGCUUGAACAUGUGUGGAAGAUGUGGCGCUACAGCUCUGGCCGCCGCAUUCGAGAUCACUACAAGCUCUUCGUCAGAUUGGCUAACAAGGCUGCCAAACUCAAUGGCUUUGAUAACAUGGGAGAAAUGUGGGUGUAUCCAUACGAGUCUGAAACAUUCCGUGCUGACUUGGCAGAGUUGUGGGAACAGCUGAAGCCUCUUUACCAGCAGCUACAUGCCUACGUCAGGAGGAAGCUGAGAGAGAAAUAUGGGGAACGCCGUAUCAGCCGCCGUGGUCCUAUCCCGGCUCACCUGAUGGGCAACAUGUGGUCUCAGGACUGGAGCGAAGUGAACGACCUGGCCGUCCCCUUCCCUGGCAAGGCCUCUAUUGACGUCACUCCUCAGAUGGUGUCAAUGGGCUACACACCUCGGAGGAUGUUUGAGCUGUCUGAGGAGUUCUUCGCCUCCCUUAACUUGACCAGGAUGCCCUCUGAGUUUUGGGAACAUUCCAUCAUAGAGAAGCCACAAGGUCGCGACUUGGUUUGCCAUGCAUCUGCCUGGGACUUCUGUAAUGGCAAAGAUUUCAGGAUCAAACAGUGUACGGAUGUGACUAUGAGUGACCUGCUUACAGUCCAUCAUGAAAUGGGUCACAUAGAAUACUACCUGCAGUACAAGCACCUCCCAGGAGUGUUUCGAAGUGGAGCCAACCCAGGAUUCCACGAGGCUGUGGGAGACGUGCUGGCCCUGAGUGUGGCCACACCCAAGCACCUGCAAAAGAUUGGUUUACUGCAGGAGGUCCAUGAUGACCAAGAGGAGGACAUUAACUUCCUCUUAAAAAUGGCAUUGGAGAAAAUAACUUUCCUACCAUUUGGGUACCUGAUGGACCUGUGGCGCUGGGAUGUGUUUAGCGGCAAAACUCACGAGGAUAACUGGAACUGUGCUUGGUGGGACCUGAGGUUCAAAUUACAGGGAAUUAAGCCUCCAGUACAGAGAUCUGAAUAUGACUUUGACCCCGGAGCGAAGUAUCACAUCCCAGCAAAUGUCCCGUAUAUCAGAUACUUCGUGAGCUUUGUGGUACAGUUCCAGUUCCACAAGGCACUGUGUAUGAAGGCUGGGGAGUACGACCCCCUCAACCCAGCCAAGCCUCUCCACAAGUGUGACAUCUACCAGUCUACUGAUGCUGGCAACUUGCUUGGGAAAAUGCUACAGUUGGGUUCAUCCAAGGAGUGGCCCGAGGCAAUGGAAGCACUAACAGGUGGUCGCAGGAUGGAUGCUUCUGUUAUCAGGGAAUACUUUAAGCCACUUGAGAAUUGGCUGAAGAAAGACAAUGAGCGCCAUGGAGAAUUCGUUGGUUGGGAAACUGACGAAGUGUUAUGUACAUCGGAGCUGCCAAGGGAAGAGGCAAAGAGCGAGCCAUCUGGUGGAGCUGCACCAGCCUUGGGGUUGAUGCUGGUGGCAGCAGUCACACUCCUUCACUCUCUUUCACUCUGACUUGCCACAAGUGUAGAAUCUCUUCAAAUACAUAGACUAAUGAUCUUGAUAUUGUAAACAAAUUGUAAUAAAAAUUUUGUUGAUUAGAUGUUUAAGCAGUACUGUCCUUGUUGGAUAAGUGGCGUGAAUUAUAUUUUGGUGAAUCUAG